GGGCAGGGCUGCAGUGAAGCGCAGCUGAUGUGUGUGAUUCUCUGCCAGACGCGCGCUUGUAUUUUGGAUCUUGUGUUUUCAGUGAAAAUCGGUGAGAUAUUUCGAGCUUAUGAUUUCAUCCAUACGUGUUCAUGACGGAAGCGCGUUUAUCUUUUAUUCAUUUGUGGAGACCGCAGAGAUUUGCGCCGUGACUGACAUUAUGCGCUCGGAAACCGGGGGAUGCUGAUGCUGACAUUCCCAUCUUCCACCGUCCUUCUGGUUUAACGGGCAUUACUGCGCUCAUUCAUUUGUGAUCCACUCAUCUCAGACGGGAGUCAAUAUGUCCAUGAAGUCAAAGACCGGCGAGGCGGUGAAGGUGGUGGUUCGGUGUCGCCCGAUCAACCGUAAAGAAGAAUCGACGGGUUAUGAGAAUAUCGUGCAGAUGGAUGUGAAACUGGGCCAGGUGGCCCUGCGGAACCACAAGGCGGGUCCGGGAGAGCUCCUCAAGACCUUCACGUUUGAUGCGGUUUACGACGCGUGCUCCAAACAGAGCGACCUGUACGACGAGACGGUCCGGCCGCUCAUCGACUCGGUUCUGCGCGGGUUUAACGGCACCAUCUUCGCGUACGGACAGACGGGAACCGGGAAAACGUACACCAUGCAAGGCCAGUGGCUGGACCCCGAGCGCCGCGGCAUCAUCCCGAACUCGUUCGAGCACAUCUUCACGCACAUCUCGCGCUCUCAGAACCAGCAGUACCUGGUCCGGGCCUCGUAUUUGGAGAUCUACCAGGAGGAGAUCCGUGACCUGCUCACCAAAGACCAUAGCAAGAAGCUGGAGCUUAAGGAGAGCGCAGACUCAGGGGUCUACAUCAAAGAUCUGUCCUCCUUCGUCACCAAAAACGUGAAGGAGAUCGAGCACGUGAUGAACGUGGGGAACCAGGCCAGAUCGGUGGGCUUCACCAACAUGAACGAGCACAGCUCGAGGUCACACGCCAUCUUCAUCAUCACGGUGGAGUGCAGCCAGCUCGGGCCUGAUGGACAGAACCACAUCCGUGUGGGAAAACUCAACCUGGUGGACCUGGCGGGCAGUGAGCGGCAGACCAAGACGGGCGUCCAGGGCGAGCGUCUGAAGGAGGCCACCAAGAUCAACCUGUCCCUCUCCGCCCUGGGGAACGUCAUCUCUGCGCUGGUGGACGGGAGGAGUUCUCACGUGCCCUACCGCGACUCCAAACUCACCCGGUUGCUGCAGGACUCACUCGGGGGGAACGCGAAGACCAUCAUGGUGGCCACGCUGGGACCGGCCUCCUACAAUUACGAGGAGACCCUGACCACCCUGCGUUACGCCAACCGAGCCAAGAACAUCAAGAACAAGCCUCGCGUCAACGAAGACCCCAAAGACGCGCUCCUGAGGGAGUUCCAGGAGGAGAUCGCCCGGCUGAAAGCACAGCUGGAUAAACGCGGUAUGCUGACCAAGAGGAAGAGGAGGAGCAGGAGGCUGAGGAAGAUAGGAGAAGGUGGAGAGGAAGAGGUAGAAGAGGAUGAUGAUGUUGAAGAUGAUGAUGAUGAUGAGGAAAGUGUGGAUAAGGAGGCGCUGGACUACAUGAAGGAGCAGCAGGAGAAGCUGGAGAGGGAGAAGGAGGCCAUCAGAGAUGAUCACACACUGGUGGCGGAGGACAAACUGAGACUCCUGGAGGAGAAGGAGAAGAUGAUGAAACAUCUGAAGAAGGAGCAGGAGGCCACUGAACUCCUCACAGCCAAGUUUAAGGCGAUGGAGAGCAAGCUGCUGGUUGGUGGGAAGAACAUUAUUGAUCACACUAAUGAGCAACAGAAGAUGAUUGAACAGAAAAGACACGAGAUUGCCGAACAGACACGCAGAGAGAGGGAAAUACACCAGCAGGUGUUGGAUCAGGAUGAGGAGACAUUAGAACUCAGAGAAACGUUCUCCUCACUGCAACAGGAGGUGGAAGCAAAGACCAAGAAACUCAAAAAGCUGUAUGCGAAGCUUCAGUCUCUGAAGGCUGAUAUUCAGGAUGUGAACGAUGAGCAUGUGAGGAGUCGACAGGAGCUGGAACAAACACAGAAUGAACUGACCCGAGAGCUCAAAUUCAAAUAUCUGAUCAUAGAGAACUUUAUACCUCCUGAAGAGAAGAAUAAAAUAAUGAACAGACUUCAGUUUGACACGGAGGAAGACCAGUGGAAGUUUCAGCCUCUCGUCCCGGCAGAGAAUAAAUUCACACAGAUGAACAGAAGACCCGUCUCUGCUGUGGGAUACAAGCGACCAAUCAGCCAGUACGCCAGGGUUGCCAUAGCGAUGGGAGCUCAUUCCAGAUACAGGGCGGAGAAUAUAAUGGUUCUGGAACUGGACAUGACUCCUCCUGUCGUGUUUCAGCUGGACCUCCCGAGGUCUCCAUCUCGAGAUGUUCUGUUGGACAACACCAGUUACAGAGAGAAAUCAGCGUCUGGACGGGUCAGAAAAUCUCAGUCAUGGUGCCAGUCUCCGCAUGUCAUUUCCUCCUCAAGCUCCACCCUCUCUCUGGCAUCCUCAGGGUCCCACAGCUUGCCACACCCACAAAACAUCACCAUGGCAACAGCCCAGGAAUGAGACUUGGAAUUACCAUAUUACCGCCCCCUGUAAGGCAUAAACAAUAGUCAAUCAAUCCAACAUAGACUGAGGAAGACGGAUGAACCGUCCGUCAC